GGGUGAUGUAGAGUGCGUGAUAUGCAAGAAAAAUUCGCGAAAAAUGAACAAUGAUAGUUUAGAGAACACGAUUCACGUGACGGCGCCUAGUAUCCUCAACAAGCCCUCGCAGACGAUGCCGCAGAGGUCGCCGUUCGCCAUCCAGGAGUUGCUGGGUCUCAGCGACUCCCAGCACAGGUCACCCACGGCGGCGGUCUCGGCCAUCACCCCCAAUGUGUACCCGCAAAGACACUUGCAAGCGCCUACGUGCUUCCCGUCGGAACACGGAUUCAACCACCACCAUAUGACUAUGGCAGCCAGUCGGAUGGCCUAUUUUAACGCCCAAGCGGCCGUCGCUGCCGCAUUUUUGCCGCAUAACAUCGCCGCCGCCGCCGGAAUGAAUGCCAAUGCCGGCGGGGCCUCGCCGGCGGCGGUUUUGGGACUCACAGGACACCAAGCGGGAGCUGCUGCCCCAGGUUUCGCCCAACUAAAAAAUUCCUUUAGUUCCUCAGGUCCUGGUUCGUGCCUAUCAGGACAACUAGAUAAUUCCAAAGACUUCUCAGUGACAGAUGGUUUAGGAAGCUUUAAUAAAAAGAAGAAAAAGAAGAGGCGUCAUAGGACGAUUUUCACGAGCUACCAACUGGAAGAACUGGAGAAGGCCUUCAAAGAUGCACACUAUCCGGACGUUUACGCCAGGGAAAUGCUCAGCCUGAAAACGGAUUUACCAGAAGAUCGGAUACAGGUGUGGUUUCAAAACAGGAGGGCGAAAUGGAGGAAAACCGAAAAGUGUUGGGGGAGGAGUACCAUCAUGGCCGAAUAUGGAUUGUACGGUGCCAUGGUUCGACAUUCGCUACCUUUACCUGAAACUAUUCUAAAAAGCGCCAAAGAGAAUGAAUGUGUCGCACCCUGGCUGUUAGAGUUGAGAAGAAAGAGAGACAUUCUAGAUUCAGGAAUGCAUCGAAAAUCCUUGGAAGCCGCCCAGCACCUGAAAGACCAAGACUGCACCAACAGCGACCAUGAAGAAACGACUUCCAUGCGAACGGAAGCAAGUGAUACCAGCGCCACCUCAAGCCAACAAACUCAACAACAGCAGCCACCUCCCGGUCACACCAAUGUAAGCGUUUCCGGCGGCGACGACGAUCAACAACACGUCGGAUUAGCAACGACACAACCACCCUAUCAAGACGAUCCGGAAGCCUUCAGAAACAAUUCGAUCGCCUGUUUGCGGGCUAAAGCUCAGGAGCACAGCGCCAAAUUGCUCAAUCAUAAUCUCAUGAUGCAGGUGAGGUCUAGUGACGCCAACGCCAAUAACAUACAUCACCAGGAGGUGGUGAAUGCAGAGACUAGUCCAAGUAUUUUUUGACAGAGGAGUGAGGAUGGUCAGUUGAGAGACUAGUUGACGUGGUUAGGGGGAUAUUGAGAACAAAGAGAUUUUCAAAACGAAUUUUUUAUGAUGUAAACGAAUAUACACUUACUCAUACACCGAUGGUUGUGAAUUAAUGAAUACUUAUUUUUAAGACACUAAUUUACUUUUAAUGAUUUGUGAGCAUGGCUUCAAUGGAGAGGGUCGUUAUAUACCAGUUCGGAGAAGCAUUUUAUAGUCAGGCAAUUCUGGUCAAACAGUUUGCAAAUUGUAGUGGAAAAAGCAGAGUGAAACUUUUGUUAAAAUAAAAAUAAAAACUGAAACAAACUCCGACCCACAAAAAACUAAAUUCAUCCAUUUAGUAGCAUUUUCUGCUUUUCAGAGUUAUAACAAUCAUUUCACACAAAAUUUCAUUUUUGUUUUAAAUCAUGUGUCCUUUAGUACAAACUAAUAAACUAUUACGUAUACUAUUUUCAAUGCCAUUUCUAUUUUUUACUAAUGUUAGCAGAAACAUGUUACGAGUAUGUUAACGUUUUAAAUUUAAGGAACAUUACAAUAUUUUUCUUAAAAAAAGAGAACAAGUGUGAAAAAUAAAUUGCAGAAA